AUGGCUGCUCCAGCAAGCGUAACUAUCAGGGACCUUCAGGGCAAGUGGGUCAUGAACAAGUCCCUCUCCGACGCCUUUGACCCUGUCCUCUCUCUCCAAGGCAUCGGCUGGUUGACCCGCAAAGCUCUGGGUGCAGCAACCGUAACCCAGUCUCUCAGCCAGUCCUCGGUGACUGGUGAAGACGGCCAGCCCACCACCAAGAUCCUCAUCGACCAGACCAUCACUGGUGGUCUCAAGGGCACAGCCGAGACCCGCAUCCUGGACUGGCACUACCGCAGUCACACCGACUGGCUGUUUGGCACGCUCCAGGGCCGCUCGCGUUACCACACAUUAACCAAGAUUCUGGAGGAGAGCAAGGGUCAAGGUGUGGUGGAAGAAGAUGCAAAGUACGUUACAGAGGGGUGGCUGAAGGAGACGGAGGACGGUGAAGUGCUAGAGAGCUUUGUGGACAACGAUGGGAACAAGUGGACAGGUUGGCAGGUGUGGGGCUUUGCCGAAGUCGACGGCAAAAGGAUGUUUGUGAAGAAAAUUGCUGUUCGACGAAAGGACAAGGAUGAGGUCAAGAGGGGUCACGAGAAUGUCUUAGUUCUAUCAAUGCCACUACUUCUCGAGUCUUCACAUGACGCGUUCGUCUCCAUAUUCGGCGUGGAAAUCCCUCGAGAGCAAGAUCAUACUUGUGAGAUAACGAGUAAUGCUAUAGCCAGGGGAUGCGGCUCACAAAAGACUGCAAUUAACUGCAGUGUACAUAUCACGACCGACGCCAGCUAUGCACGAGUAUCCAACAAAGCUCCUCCACAUUAUCAGCCACCAACUCAUUCAGACAUGAGAGUGUCCAUGGUGUUUGAACUUAUCAUUGCCUUUACAGUCCUGACGGCUACCAUCCUUGUCGCUCUUCUGCUAUACUUCUUCCAUCAUCUCAAGCGGCGCAGGGCUCAACAAAGUACAAACCCAGAUCACGAGGAAACCAGCCAAUACACACCAGCAGAACUUCUUUCACGCAGCUUGUCUCGUCGGCUGUUUCAUCGGCCAUUACCAACGGAGCGAGACGUUGAGCAGCAGCGCCUGUCCAUGAAAACGCCACCUCUGUUAUUACUACCAGAGAUCGAGACGAGCGACGAUCGGGCUCUUGAAUGGCUUGAAAAGGGAAAAUGCAAGGAGGUCCGUUUUGAGGACUUCGGCGUGGAACAUCCAUCCAAGACCUACCAGGCGAGGGGGGUCAUGAGCGACGGGGAUCUACGAUGGGAUUGGUCGAGUAGACAGAAGCAGAGGACAGACAUUGUUCCAGCCUCAACCACGAGGAACAAGUUGCGUGAGUCAGCCAUCCAGUCGGUUGGGCGGAUGGACAAAUGGAGUGGACACAGCAUGCACAGAGAUGGAGGCCUGUAUACAGCCUGGAAUCUCUUUCGCGACUGCUUUGACAUGUAUUUGUUUCUUGAUCGACCCCUAAACAGUGGAGCAAUUGUACAAAUGGCCUCACUGGCUCGCACACAGCUCGCUCUGGAUUUUGCUAGUUUACAAGUCACUUUCGUACAGUCUCCAAACACAUCACUAGAACAUAAGAUGCCAAGUAAUCCAGAAAGGCUGAUGUUCGACACUCACGCAGCUCCAAGCGCAGGAUCCAGUCAAACAUUUCGAGUGGAGCCUUGGCGUGGAGACUUACCUUCGGUGGUGGUCAUUGUCUCGAACACGCUAGACUCUCCUCACGUCAAGUCGAUCGCUUCAACAGAUGUCGGGUGGCUAGCCUGGGUCACGGAUGGCGAUUGGUACCAAUCGGCCGACACACAUGAGGAUAGCAGCACAACCAUUUCAGGUUCGCAUACAGCAAGACCGAGCACCCAGUCAUGGAUGGCAGUCCCGACCACGGCAGGAGUCCAUAACCCGCAUGAGACUAUUGCCAUUUCCGAACCAAGCACUGUAUCGAAAAUUGACUUGGUCUUCAUCAUCAUUGGCAGCGUCAUCGGCUUUAUCGUGAUCUUGGUUGUCAUGGCGCUAUGCUCCAUUCACUUUGCAAGAAGGCUCUCCAGACGCCAACAACAAAGGGCAUCUGAGGAAGCCGCGUUGGAGGAAGUUUUUAGAUCAGGCUCAAUCACGCCAAGAGGCCAAGGGGUCGGACUAGAAGGAUUGCAAGAGGCUUCAAAGUGCAAGCGGGAGGCCGAAGAAGUUGUGUUGCGUAUGCCUGAGACGCCCAAUAAAUCAGACCAAGAUGACUUGCGAGAGAAGCCUGCAUGUUUAGAUCGCGCCUGGAGCUAUUCUUUCUCUCCCCAUUCGCAACUCUGUGCAGCCCUGACCAACGUGACGACUGAAGACGCCCUCUGCUGGACCUAUUCGCCUGUUCGCCUGCUCGCUGCCACCGUUGCAGUCAGCCACCCAGAGCACCAGCGUUUAUUGUUGCUGCCCGCACCCGAUACAACCGCCCGCGUACCCCCGCCGCACGAGCACACGAGCUCUCCCUCCCUCGCGUUCUCAUAUCGCACCAUGACGGCCGACAUGGACAUUGAUUUUACGCGCCGGAACAAGAAGCCGCGCCCCUUGUCCGAACACGAAAAGGAGAAGCUCGACGAGUUCAUCGACGCCAUUCACUAUUCAGCAAGGUACUCGGAUGACGAAUAUGAAUAUCGCCAUGUACAGCUCCCGAAGCAGAUGCUCAAGAUGAUCCCCAAAGACUACUUUGACGGUGCGCGGGGUACCCUCAAGUUACUAUGGGAGGACGAGUGGCGGGCGCUCGGCAUCACUCAAAGCUUGGGCUGGGAACAUUACGAGGUCCAUGAGCCUGAACCACAUAUCCUGCUCUUCAAACGACCGAUCAACUACCAGCCUCCCGCGCAUUGA